AUGGAAACACCAGGGGAAGAAGCAGGAGAGAAGAACAAAAAAGUCUCCAUGAAGUCUAUUCAGUUCAUAUGGAAAAAAGCUCAGGAGUUGGAAAGAGAUCAUUUGUUAGUUUCCUUCUUGUGCACUCUUUACAUAGUGGAGCAGCUGAAUGAUUACAUAAAAAACAAUAGUGCGGAUAUAGAAGCGAAAAAUAUUUUAAUGCAAUGUCUAAACAAGGCUGAACAAGUCCGCCCAUCUUUUGAUUCAGUAGAUUACACGAAGUUAGCCGAUUUUUGCAAAAAAUUGUUCUUAGCUGCUGACAAGCACGAUAGACAGGAGGAGAUAACAAAAAAAACACUUCAGAUGUUUUUCACGUCUCAAAUAUUUUAUGAAAUUUUAAGCCACUUCAGAAAAUUAGAUCCUUGCGAAAAGAAAAAAUAUCUGUAUGCUAAAUACAAAACAGUUUAUUUGAAAAAUUGCUUUGAUAAUAACGUUAAACCAGAACCAGGGACCCCACGUAAUGAGACCACAGGCGAUGUAUCUUCAUCAGAAGAGUCCCCCGAAGAAAUCGCAAUCAAUGGGAAUGAAAUGUUCAAAGAUCAAACGGCAUAUGAAAAUCAAACAGAGAAAUGUGAAAAUUUUCAGGGCAUACCAAAAUUUGAAAUGGAUGCCUAUAUGGAGCAACAGAACGGAGCUGACAUUGCCACAAGUUUGAAGCAUGCCCAGUAUGCCGUAAAUGGUGAGCUCCGUGAAUUGAAUCUAGCCCUUUCAUGCUUGAAGUAG